GACGAGAGAGUACUGUAGUAGAGUGUGCUGCGUGCAGUGGUAGCUAGAGUGUAGAUUGCUGCGCCGCAUUGAUGGCCAUAUGGUCAAAUCUGUCGAGCUAGCCAGCCAGCCAGUUCCCCGGCCCGUCUCGAGGAAGGCCAGGGUGAGGUCCUCGUCGUCGGCGUUCGUAGAGGACUGAGUACCAGAAGAGUAUUAAUGGCGGCGUAGCUACCGCAGUGUAGCCCACCUGCCCUCCGUCCUCCCCCCGCCCACGCCAUGAACGCUCGCUCUCUCCUCUAUCCUCCUCACCAAGUCCUCAGAGGCUCAGGCCGAGCUUAAAUGCUUUGCAGCGCCAUCCAUCCAACCAUCCAUCUCGCCCGAUCCAACGCCCACAUUAUUGCAUCUGCAUGCGCGCCACCACUAGCCCUUGCUGAGCUCCGGCGCGCGCUUCAACCUCGACAGUCCGGUGCGGCGAUAAAUACUCCUCAAGACCCGCGGCCACAGUCAGCUCAUUGUGUGUGCUCCGUAGCAAGUGGAGCACAGACGCCGACGGCAUUCCGACAGGAGUGGUCUUGUCGUGUGCCAAUGGCUGCGUGGUGUGGUGCUGCCGGCGGCGGUGUUGUGAGCGUGUUGGUUCUGUGGCUGCUUGCGGCGGGAGGCGCUGCCGCCCAUGCCGUCGGCGCUGGCCCCGGCGAGGGGGACGCCCAGCGGGCGCUGGACCGCGUGGAGGCGCUGCCGGGGCAGCCGGCGGUGACCUUCGCGCAGUACUCCGGGUACGUGACGGUGCACGAGGGGCACGGCCGCGCGCUCUUCUACUGGCUCACCGAGGCCGACGGCGCCGACGCCGCCAGCAAGCCGCUCGUCCUCUGGCUCAACGGAGGUCCUGGAUGCUCUUCGGUGGCUUAUGGCGCAUCCGAGGAGAUUGGCCCGUUCCGGAUCAAACCCAACGGGACAGGCCUCUACCUCAACAAGUACUCAUGGAACAAAGAGGCAAACCUUCUCUUCCUGGAGUCGCCGGCCGGAGUUGGUUUCUCCUACUCCAACACUACCUCCGAUCUCAAUACUUCCGGCGACGAGAGAACCGCUCAAGAUUCGCUGCAGUUCUUGAUCAGUUGGAUGUCGCGGUUCCCGGAGUACCAGAACCGGGAUUUCUACAUCUCUGGAGAAAGCUAUGCUGGCCACUACGUCCCCCAAUUGGCAAGGAAGAUCGUCGAGUACAACAGGGCCUCACCGCAUCCCUUCAUCAACCUCAAGGGGAUCCUUGUGGGGAAUGCAGUGACAGACAACUACUACGACAACAUCGGCACGGUAACAUACUGGUGGACGCACGCCAUGAUCUCAGACCGCACCUACAAGGCCAUCCUCAAGUUGUGCAACUUCACCAGCACCAACGUCUCGAGCGCCUGCAACCGUGCAAUGACCUACGCCAUGAACCACGAGUUUGGCGACAUCGACCAGUACAGCAUCUACACGCCGUCCUGCCACACCUCCUCGGACACAUCAUACAGCAACUCCACCGCCGCAACCACCCGCCACCGUCCAGUGCUCAGGUUCAAGGACACCCUCAUCCGCAGGAGGUCUAACAGCUAUGAUCCGUGCACCGAGAACUACGCUGAGAGGUACUACAACCGGCUGGACGUGCAGAAGGCCAUGCACGCCAACAUCACCAGGAUACCCUACAAAUGGACUGCCUGCAGUGAUGUGCUCAUCAAGACAUGGAAAGACUCUGAGUUAUCCAUGCUGCCGACAUACAAGAUGCUGAUGAAGGCAGGGAUGAGGAUAUGGGUGUUCAGUGGUGACACGGAUUCGGUCGUCCCGGUGACCGCAACUAGGUUCUCGCUCAGCCACCUUGGUCUGAAAACUAAGAUCCGCUGGUACCCAUGGUACACAGCUGGUCAGGUAGGAGGAUGGUCUGAGGUGUACGAAGGGCUGACAUUUGCGACGAUCAGAGGCGCAGGGCAUGAGGUUCCAUUGAUUCAGCCAAGAAGGGCGUUCAGGAUGUUCGUGUCAUUCCUGGCUGGGAAGCUGUUGCCUGCCAAGAACUGAUGUGCAGCCUGAUUUCUAAGGAAAAGGUCUGGAAACUGUGUAACAUGGAAGGAGAGAGUAAUGUAGAGAGGUUGAGGAAUGAUUGAUUGGUGCUGGGGAAAAGGAUGAGAAGAGAAUAAGGAUGACUGUGCCAUGGAAACCAUAGGCAUUGUGUAAACGGGCAAAUAAGCUUGAAGGCCCCCAUUGUUGAUUGAUGUCUUAUCAGUUAUGAACUUAUGACUAUGGAAUUUUAACAUGAAGAAAAUUUUA